CACAACUUCCUGCUUUUCCUCCCCCUAUGACACACCAGUUUCGUUUUUUCCUCCUCUCUCUCUCUCUCUCUUCUCCUUUGAUGCCAAAUCCCAUCCCUCGACGGGGUGAGGAGCGCCGUGAGUGGCUGAGAGGACUGAGCGUUUCUUGCAACAGCUGCGAGUUCUAUCCAACACAGGAGUUGGCGGAAUUGAGCUCAGUGCAAAACGACGAAACAGCGGCUUUGUCACGCAUUUCCCCAGCCCCGGACCAGCAGCCCAAACGCAGAUCGACAUAUCGCUACAUUCAUGACCGGACAGGGAUUAAGUGGCGAAGGAGACAAUUUCACAGAAGAGAUUGAACGGAUUUUACGCAGGACUGCCGGGUUUUAGGAGUGCCCUGGUAACCAUGGAUAAAACGUUGCAUAUCCUACAGAAACCGACAGCCUCAACCGACAAGGCCCUUGGCGGUGGAACGGGAAUAGCUCUGGAUAUGAGUAUAGGGGACCGGGAAUUCACGGAACAAUCUAUUAGACUUAGCAAUAAAAUCCCGUUAGUGAAGCCCUAUUUAAAAAAUAAACACAAACAGAGGAAACUGGACUCAAAAUGCCUCCGUGCGCUCCAGGACCCGAUCCUGACCACAUUACUGAGUACGGAAGCUCUUGUUACGGGAGACGGGGUGUUUGUCCCCAGGAACCCUCCGCCAAGGACAGCUGGGAACCUGUGCACUGCUGUGGUGGUCAAACAGGCACGGAUUGGUGGGCCUGUGUGCCGGAAAGAAUCGUCAGCUACCGGUGUAACGGCUAUGAUUACCGGCGACACGGAAAUGGCGGACGCCGCCGCCGAGUUGGAGGAGACAGAGGGGGGGGUAACCAAGGUGCCGGUAGAUCUCCAGCGUGUGACAGUAGACUCUAACGAGCGCAGAUUCCAGCUCAAACUUCACCCGCGGGCGCGAGAUGUGGCGGCGGCACCCCCCACACCUGAUACCCCUCUAGUAUCCCCUCCAAGCCAGGGGGGAAACACGAUGAUUGACCUAUUUGCUUCUAAAGCCUUGCGGGGAGCAAAUUGCCUCACCAUUACAGACAGUAAGAAAACCCCCAGUCUUCAGGCCGACAAAGGCGAGAUAUUUCAGGAUAAAAGCGAAGAGGCCUCCCUGGAUCUAGUGUUUGAUCUGCUAACCCAGCUCCAGUAUCACACGCACCAAGCCGACUCGGUUUCCAUCUGCGUGGAUUUCCUGCAGGGGUUGUGUGUGUACGGGAGUGACUGCGCUUACCACCAUACUGUGCUGCCCUACCACUGGCAGAUCUGCAGGAGUGAUACUGAAAGCUGGCAAAGCCUUGCGGAUGAUUCACAGGAUCAGUUGGAGAGGCUUUAUUGCAACCCGGACAAUGAACAAGUCAGGCUCAAGUUUCAGGGUCGUGUGUUUUCUUUAGACUUCACUACGAUGCGUGUAUGUGACCUGGAGUUCGACCGUGUCAGACGGUUGACCACUCCCUCCAGCCCUGCCGCCCCYCCCCCAAACACAAACCCCACRCCUAACUGCCACACAGUGUGGAAAUACUACUGCAGAGACAACUUCGGCUGGAGAGAAUACUCUGAGCCGGUAGUGCGUCUGAUAGAGGAGGCUAGUGGUCGUGGUCUGAAGGAGGUCCGUUUCAUCACCCUACAGAACCAGUACAUCCUCAACAUCAGAGAGGGCUUCCAGCAGAACGCCGUGUUCGGCUUCAGACGCCAGAUCAAGAAACGACCCCUCUUCCGUGUAACUCUGUUCCUCUCUCUCUUUUCUAGGACUCUUGGUGGCCUCUCCUCCUUUUCCCCCUCCUCCUCCACUGUGGAUCUGUCCGUUUCUCUCCCUCUCUCUCCGUCCUCCACCAACACUCCCAGCGUAUUCCCAGAGACCUGGUUACCCAUGACAACCAGCCAGGACUUCCUGCAGGUUCCGGUAUCCUGUGACGACCGGAGCUAUCGGACUGUCUACACCCUCUUCCACAAGACUGUGUCCGAAACCAAGUUCCGCAUCCUGAAGAUCCUCCGCGUUCAGAACCCCUUCCUCUGGGAGAAAUACAAGAGGAAGAAGGAGUACAUGUCUCGUCGUCUCUCGGAGAUGGACAGGAUGCUGAGCGAGCGUCACCUGUUCCACGGCACCUCCACUGAGGUGGUGGAGGGCAUCUGCAAACACAACUUUGACCCGCGUGUCAGUGGCAAACACGCCACCAUGUUCGGACAAGGCUCCUACUUCGCCCGUAAGGCCGUCUACUCCCAUAACUUCUCCAAGCGCUCUCCUAAAGGGAUCCACUCCAUGUUCCUGGCCAAAGUCCUCACUGGCAGGUUUACAGUGGGGAACCCCUCCAUGCGUCGGCCCCCACUCAGCCCCCGGGACCCCUCCAGUGACCUGUACGACUCGUGUGUAGACAACUGGGUGGACCAGAUCUAUGUUAUUUUCAACGACGACCAGAGCUACUACUUUAUCAUCCAGUACGAAGAGGUUCCCAGUACUGUGGCUAUCUGACACGAGACCAGACUGAACCAAACCCAGUACUGUGACUAUAUGAGAACAGACCAGACUGAACCAAACCCAGUACUGUGACUAUAUGAGAACAGACCAGACUGAACCAAACCCAGUACUGUGACUAUAUGAGAACAGACCAGACU